AACGCUUCCUUGACCACACAGCUAAAUUGCAGAAAGUCUACCGGAGGAUAACCUCCGACGAUUCCCAAGCGGUGACGAGAGCAGGGCGAAUGCCCCGCCGCCGGGGUCAAGCUGGGCAGUGCUGGGCAGGGCGGGGCGUGUGGAUGGCGACGCGGCGGGGAGGGGACGUGGCCGGGUGUUGGGCGCGGGGGCGGGGCGCUCGAGGCAGUUGGCGAGGGGCAUUGGACGGAAGCGACCGCCCCCGUCGCGGAGGCGGCGGCCGCGAGGAGCGGGAGGGCAGGGGAACGGCGGACGGGCGCGGCGGCCUGCGGUCGAGGUGCACACCGCACGGCAUUACAUCACAGACAAGUCUCGAAAUACGCAUA